GUGCGAGCUUCCUACGUGUAAGUUCUCCUCCAGAUACCCCGUGCUACCUCAUCAGAAACAAUCUCCGCUCGAAUACUUGCCUAUGAAGUUUGGCUGUCGCUAUGCCGCAGACUGGUAUCUCUACUUUAUUAGAGGGACGAAGGAAGGCAUCAAAUAUGCUUGUUCAUAGUAGAGACUAACUUUUCGCAAUCGUACCCUGGCACACAUUUACUUCACGCGAGUACUAUUUUCCAUCACACCAUGUCUUCCUUCCAAGGCAAAGUUAUCGCAAUCACCGGCGCCGGCUCCGGCAUGGGCUUGUCAACGGCCCAGCUCCUAGCCUCCCGCGGCGCUAAGCUAUCAUUGGCGGAUAUCAACGAAGACUCUCUCAAGGAAGCAAUCUCGUCUCUUGAGGAUAGUGCAAGCCACAUGUACGAAGUUGUCGACGUAAGGAAAGGCGAUGUCGUCAACACUUGGAUUCAAAAUACAGUCACGAAGUUUGGGAAGCUUGACGGGGCUGUCAACAUGGCUGGCGUCAUUACCCACGCCACUCCCGUCGCGGAGCUCACAGACAAGGAUUGGGAUUUCGUCUUUGAAGUCAAUGCUAAAGGUGUCUUCAACUGUCUGAGGUCCCAAUUAGGAGCCAUGUCUGCGGGAGGCAGUAUAGUAUCUGCGGCCAGUGUUUUCGGCCAGUUUGGAGCUCCUGGCAACGCUGCAUACUGUGCCAGCAAGGCAGCUGUCAUUGGCUUGUCAAGAACAGCAGCCAAAGAAAACCAAAACAUUCGUGUGAAUUGCGUGUCACCUGGUAACUCUGUCAACACGCCGUUGUCUCGUGGAGAGAAUCCAGAAGAUGUGAAACGCGGUCUACAAGUAACCGCGCAGAAGAGAAGAGCAGAGCCUAUUGAGAUUGCUCGCGUUAUCGCAUUUCUUCUCAGUGACGAGGCCUCUUUCGUCACAGGAGCUGUGUACAAUGUUGAUGGCGGUUGGGUUUGUUAAGCAUCGUACUGUUGAAGAAUGGUGCUUGUCUUGGGCUUUGUGUCUGAAGGAGACUCAUGAAUUUUCGUCAACGAAUCUCUAGAUUU